AGAUAGAGAGAGAGAGAGAGAGAGAGAGAGAGAGAGAGAGAGAGAGAGAAAAGAGAGUAAGAUAGAGAAAGAAAGAGACAGACAGACAGACACAGAUCCCUCACACAUCCUUCAGAGCUAUCAGUUAAAAAAUGAAUACCAAACUAUUAAUGACCGAUUUGUGAAGCUCUGAACUUCAGCUGAACUCCAGGUUCAACUUUUUGGCUCGCAGGAUAAUAUGAUAGCUCGAGAUAUUUUACCUGAACUCAUGGGUCCAAAGAAAUGCUACUAAGAGGACGACACAGCAGCUAGGGCCUUACCUGAAUGUGUUCAACCAUAAACAACACUCUUCCCUUUAGUUUCAGUUGUGAGGGACCAGUAAACUCUAACAGACUUCAUGGGGGAGUGUCGAUGUCUAGCACUCACAGAUUCAGUGCGAGUGGCAGGGUCUGGGCCAAUUAUUCUCCUCAACAAUCAGAGAUGGACUGGACCUGGCAGGAACUAAUGGCAAUCACAGACCUGCAGGAAUUUGAGGUCCCCAAUGAGAAUCCAUUUGAGGCUGGUCCGUAUCACUCGAUGGAGCCAAUGGUGCAUUAUGGGAAUUGUGGGAUGAACCUGGUAGAACCUAACCCACCCACCUGUCAGCCAAGCCCUGCUGCUGCUUUUGAAGCCGGGUAUGCUGAUGCAAUGUCCCCAUAUCAACGCUUGAACCCAAACAUGGAGAUGCACUAUGGACACAGUGGGUGCCAGGUUGCCAGGUUGCCACCAAAUGCACCGCCUCUUCAGCCCCCAUUAAUGAGCCUCUUGGAUCCCAUGAACAUGGCAAAUGCCAAUCAGGGACAAGGAAAACACUGCAACGGAAACCCAGACGAUCUAGAGUCAGACUCUGGGCUUUCUUUGGGCUCAAGCCCACCGCUUGCCUCACCUGAGAACGAAGUCCAUGGGCCGAUUACGUAUCUACCCCGAGACGGCUAUACCGAUGGUGACGUAGACUCAUGUCGCAUGAGAGCAAACAUAAACACCCCUGUGGAUUAUUCACAAACGUAUGGCUCCUACUCUGGACAUUCCUACUUCCCAGUCACAGCAAACCCACAACAUGCCCCGCAGCAUGUGCCUCAUUUGCAUCAGCAUACAACAUCCAUGAAACCGCAUCUUUUUCCUGCGACUCUGCACGAACCACUUGCAAACACACAGAGAGCAGUCUCAUUCCAGUCACCGAACCCCAAAACAAAAGAGGGCACGUCUGGCCCUCUCACCAGGGACGAGCGGAGAGCAGUCGCACUUCAAAUCCCUUUUCCUCUUGACAAGAUAGUCAAUCUGCCUGUAGAUGACUUCAAUGAGCUACUGAGCAGACAUGCACUAAGUGAUGCCCAGCUCACACUCGUGCGAGACAUCCGCCGCCGUGGCAAGAAUAAGGUGGCGGCACAGAACUGCCGCAAGAGGAAGCUGGAAAACAUUGUGCACCUGGAGCAUGAGCUGGGUCAGCUGAAGUCCCGCAGAGAACAUCUAGCACGAGAGAGGCUAGAGUUCCAACAAAAUCUCACCAUGCUGAAGUGUCGUCUCUCUGAGCUUUACGCUAAACUAUUCUCCCAGGUACGGGAUGAGGAAGGACACCCAUAUUCUCUGGAGGACUAUUCGCUCCAACAAAGUAAUGAUGGUAACCUUUACCUUCUGCAACGAAACAGUUCAUUGGAAGGGGAAUAAAUGAGGGUCUUACCAUGAUUAAAAAACA